AGGAUUUCGCCCAUAAUUUACCACUGAAGCAGACUUUGUGACAGUCUGGCAAGCAGAAUGGAAACAGGUCCAAGUGUCGUCAUUUUGAGUGCAGCAGAAGAUGAAGCCUUUAUCGGGGCACUAGCAGAAGAGCUGGUGCAUUUGGAUUUUGGUUACAGUCUGUGCAAGAAGGACAUUUUUUGUUACAAGGUAACAGGGACACCUAGUGAUGACAAUCACACACAGCUCACGUCCACACUGAACCUCGGCAGCGUGAAACUUGUCGUGCCUGUGAUCAGCAGACACCUGCUCGGAGGCCAGUCUUCGCUCACAGUCACAUUAGGACUUGAAACUGCUGUAAGGAAUAAUAAGCCUCGAUACGUCAUUUGGCUGGAUCAGAACUCUGAUGACUUUCGUGCCUUCGGUACAUUGGUCAUGCGGCAGUACCCAAUGCUUGAGGCGCCAGCUAAGCAAGUCCAACGGAACAGCAUUGACUGGGCAAUGCCUGGCUGUGUAACUAGCAGAUUAAAAGCCAUCGCUCUCAAUCUCCGGGAUGCACUUUGUAGACAAACAGGUGAACUGAGGUUACAGUGUUUGCGGGCCUUAACCAACACUGGGGAGUUCCUAGCUGACAACAUGAAUCUAAAAUCGCUUCUCAAGCGGCUGGAACAUGAGAACCAGCUGAGGCCAGCUGAUGUCAAGUCUAUCAAUGCGAACAUGACACCAGGCCGCUGUUUAAUAGACAUGCUGCAGAAGAGGAAGCGGCAAGAGCCAUACGACCAAUUAGUGAACAUCUUAGAAGAGGAUGGCCAGGGCUUCCUAGUGAAGGAGAUGGAGCAUUGUGAGCAGUUGGCAGAGAAGGAAUAUGGCAUUGACAGACAUCAGGGGUCACAAUAUGGUCAACAGAGCAAACGAGUGGGACAUGUGGCACAACAAAAUAAAGAUCCACAUAUCUUAACAAAGCAAAGAGAUCAACCUGAUUCCAAUACAAAUUUAGAUGAUGAACAAGCACAGUCAAAAAUCAUGAAGACGGUCUUCAUUGGACAGGCAAUGGCAGGAAAGACCAGUUUAUGGCAAAGCCUUUCACGUCAUCAACCAUUUUUCCAUAUUCCUGUGAUCGACAGAACUGUAGGUGUCCGCGUGGACAGUUUCGUCAUCCAUGACACUGAGAAUAAUUGUGUUGAAGCUUCAAUAUGGGACUUUGCAGGCCAAUCUACAUAUCACUAUGUGCAGAGGGUGUUGCUAACACCUCAGGCCCUUCACGUCCUCACUGUAGACAUGUCAAGAUACAAGUCAGAGGAGUUCCAGGAACAAAUUGGAACAUGGCUAACAUCCAUAACCUCCCAUGUGACCAACCCAGCUAUCCUUGUUGUAGGAACUAAGAUGGACAUGUUGGGAGACAAGGAUGUAGAAGCGGCAUGUUCCCUCAUUGAGAGGGAUAUUCAAGUAGCCGAACAUAGUACACAAACCAAGUUGAGGGAAGAGAUUCUACUCUGUCAGAUGGCUUUGGAUGCGGCAGACAGUGGGAAAGAUGUGCCAGAACUUUUCUAUGGUCUUUCAAGUCAAGACAUCUUGGCUAAGAAAGAAUCCCUGGAAAAGUUGCUUGAUGGACGACCCAAAAGUUUGUUAAAUGUACAAGUUAUUCCGGUCAGCAACAAAACCUAUCAGGGUAUUGAAACUCUGCGCACAAAGAUGGCAGAAAUGGUCAAGGACAAGAACUUGUUUCCUUCUGUCCAAGAGAUGCCAACUUUGUGGAAGAAACUAUCAGGACUAAUCAAGGGCCGAGAAUGCACACAUCUUCAAGUCAAAGAUUGUCAGUACCUUGGAGCAUCUAUUGGGAUGAGGGAGUCAGAUGUCUUGAAGGCACUCAACCAUCUGCAUAUGACCGGACAGAUCCUGUUCUACAGCCACAUCAGAGGGAUGGAAGAUAUGGUCUUCCCAGACCCAACCAUCAUCCUCACACUCUUCAAGCGGAUCUUUAGGCAUGACCUACCAGGAUAUCUGGACCGCAUAGCUAAGUCUCUCUCUGAACAUGCAAGAGUACAGUUUACUAAAGACGUGAUGUUGUUCUUGAAAGAAGGCAGGGCAACCAAGAGUUUCCUAAAAAAUGUGCUUGGAGAUGACAAUAUACCUGUAUUCUACAAACUACUUCCUCUCAUGCAGCACUUCGGCUUGUGUUUUGGAUCAGAAAUAUUCCCAACAGAGCUCCCUGCCGCCCAGCCUGACGAGAUCGCGCACUGCUGGCCAGAAAUUGUGGCAUCAGGCGAAGAGGAGGUCUCUGUUAGUAUAGUGUACAGCCAAGAGCCUCCUCUGGGUUUAAAUGAAACAAUGGUUUCCCGAAUUCUGUCCAUGGAACAGACCACGUGCCGCCUCCUUGCCAGAGACACUGUCAUCAUUCAUACUGAAGAGAACUCGGAAGGAAUCAUGUACCGUCACUUUUCUACACAUGAAGAAAUACGGAUCAGGGGAGAGUUGGAGAAGGCAUGGCAACGGGCUCAAGUAGUAGUGAGGCUGAUAGAUGCCUGUCGGGAUGAGUUUCCUGCAUUGUACCUCAAAGGCAGUGUUGAAAGCAAACGAACAGCCAGGUCACUCACUAUAGAGGCUGUGAGACAAUGCAGGACAGGUGAUCUGUUGAGAAUGGCCAUGGGACACUUCAAAGGGCUGCUGCCAUCUGUGAGAUCAAUGGAUGUCGUUGCCAAGAAUUUCAUCGACAACCGUCUGUACCAGGUCAGUAAGGCCCUUGGUGAGGGAUGGAUGCGGCUGUGCCAAGAGCUAGGACUGGACAGCUCUGUAUUGGACAACACCCCAGUAGUUGGGCCUACCCAGGAUGCCUUCCAGAUGCUGAAGGUCUGGCGGACCAGGAAUGACCAUGGACCAUUGCACCAGCUGCUGCUGCUGGGAAAAACUCUGCAGACUAUCGGAAGGCUGGACCAGGUUGCAGUUGUACAUGAAAUUUACAAGGAAUAUUGGGAUAUCUUGAAAGUAACACCUGUCAGGCCUGGGAUGACUGGAGGCACACACUGGUCCCUCAGCUUGCCAGGUGAAGGAAAGUACCUGUGCACCGAGACUGGGCUGGGCGUGGUGACUCCCUGUCCAAUGCAUGUGACCUACACACUUGCAUCAGCAGAAAGCACCUCUAGGCUUCCCAUCGCUAGAUUCCCGUGGGAAAGCACAGUUGAACCUGUCAUGCAACCUGCAUGUAUGUUGGAGAGGGACCUACGCAGAAAUGGCCUGUGUGUGGUGUUUGCACCUGCAAACUUCACUCGUGUCUUUCAGCUCCAUGUCUACAUCAUCUCCAACGACGUGCGAAUAGUUAAGCAUCUUCAGGAGUUGGAGAGGGAAGAAGGCUACUCCAGCUGGGACCCAGAACCAUGUGUGUUGAAAGUUGGGGAAAAGUAUCAUCUGAAGGUGACCGUCCGCAACGAAACAAACAUCAAUGUGCUGACACGACCUGAGGAGGGUAUUCCCUUUGUCGACACCUUCCAGACUGGGAUGUAUUACAAGAAGUUCCGGGUGAACGUGAAUGCAACAGAGCACAGAAAAGGGCAGAGGUCCAACCUUGAGUUUGACUUGCAUCUUUCAACUGCUGACCACGAGACUGUAUGCAACUUUAACCUUACCAAAGUUGCUUCUGGUCCAGGCAAGAGGUCACCACAUGAUGACCACAGAGGUUCUGGCCCACUUUCCACAACUGAUGCUCUCAAUAUUGAGGAAAGUGAGGGGUAA